AUGGAUCGCCAAGCAUCACUCCUGCGACGCCUGUUCCCGGGGACCCACAAGUCAGUCGAGAUUGUGGACGACGCUCUGACUCACGACGACAUCCUCGAUGCUAAAGUCAAGCAUUUCAAAUCAGUGGGCGCCGAUGCCGCCUUCUACCUUGGAAAUCUGGAUAAGAUCUUGGAGCACCACCUCAGAUGGAUCAACAACUUGCCUCGGGUCAAGCCUUACUACGCGCUCAAGAGCCACAACACCGAGCCAGUCGUCCGCAUGCUCAGUGCUCUGGGCACCGGGUUCGACUGUGCCAGCAAGCGAGAGAUCGAGACGGUCCUGGCUCUGGGUGUGCCGCCUGACAAGAUCAUUUACGCGCACACCAUCAAAGCCAAGUCACACCUCACCUACGCCUGCUCCCAAGGGGUGGAUCUCAUGACAUUCGAUAAUGAGGAGGAACUGAAAAAGAUUUCCCUUGUGUGUCCAGAAGCACGGCUCGUCCUCCGUAUUGAAGUUGAUGACGCCACUGCUGUGGUCAAACUCAACACAAAGUUUGGCGCCAGCUUGGAAGCGGUGCCUGUCCUCCUGGAGACGGCCAAGACGCUGCACCUCAACAUCAUGGGCGUCAGCUUCCACGUGGGCGUCAUGUGCAAGGACUCCUCUGCCUUCACCAAGGCCAUCGCAGAUUCACGCCGAGUCUUCGACCUCGCGAAUGCAAUGGGCUUCCACAUGGAGGUGUUGGACAUUGGAGGCGGAUACGACGGGCGUGAUACAAACAGACGAUUUGAAAUGGUGGCAGAGGUUGUCAACCAGGCUCUGGACAAAUACUUCCCACCCAGCAGCAGCGUCCAGAUCAUCGCAGAACCUGGCGGCUUCUUCGCACACUCCGCCUUCACGCUCUCCGUGAAUGUCAUCGCCAGGAAACUGGUUUGACACUCUUCUUUACUUCCAGAUCAAUCUGAAAAACCGGCCAAGAAGAAGAUGGUCUACUACGUUAAUGAUGGGAUUUAUGGCUCCUUCUGUAUGGUGUUCAACCAUCCUGGGUACCUGAUCAUGGCCCCCCGCCCUCACCGGCCGAUGUACCCCUCCCUCCUCUGGGGCCCCACCUGCGACAGCAAGGACAAGAUGGUGGACGACCUGAUGCUCCCCCUGCUGGACGUUGGCGAGUGGCUCCACUUCAGCAACUUUGGCUCCUACUCCAUCACCCCGCAGAGCGACUUCAACGGCAUGGAUCACCCCGAUAUCUACUACUACAUCACUGACAAGACAGUGCAGAAGCUGGCUGUACUCACAGUGUCCAACGGCAAGUUCCACAUGGAUGGAUGUUGA